CUUCUGAUCUACUGGAAGUCCCUGUUCGAUCAUAAGGAGCUGGCUUUUGCCCCCUGUUUCUUCACCUCGUUGCGAGCUUUGUUCCUUACAGCUCCGUGUCUGGCAAUCGUGGUUGUCUGAAGAUUAUUGGAGUCGCCUUGAAUUAUCUUCCAUUUCAAACACAAAUAAUCGUAGGGUUGCUCUCGCAAUGAAGGGCCUGUUAGUGGCUUCGGCCCUUUUGGCAUCAUGUGUCUCCGGACAUAUGCAGAUGUCGAAGCCGUAUCCCAUUCGGAGCCCGCUGAACCCGGACGCGGAUGACCAAAAGGAUUACUCCUACACGAACCCCCUGUCAACAGAUGGAUCUGAUUACCCGUGCAAGGGAUAUGCCAAUGAUCCCUUUAAGUCUGUUGCUGACUAUACGGCCGGCCAAACAUACGAACUUGAACUACAGGGCAGCGCGACCCACGGCGGAGGUUCCUGCCAGAUUGCUCUCUCUUAUGACGAGGGCAAGACCUUCAAAGUCAUCCAUUCAAUGCUCGGAGGGUGCCCUCUCACCUCCAAGUAUAACUUUCAAAUUCCCUCGGACGCCCCGUCUGGCGAGGCCCUCCUGGCCUGGUCAUGGUUCAACAAGAUCGGAAACCGCGAGAUGUACAUGAACUGUGCUAUGGUCACCAUCAAGGGUGGUUCUCAGGCCCGUCAGCACGCUCGCGACCUCUCUCCUGCCUUCUCCCGCCGGGCUGGCGGCUUUGACAGCCUUCCACCCUUGUUCGAGGCCAACAUCAACGGACCCGGCAAGUGUAAGACAGUGGAAGGCCAGGAAGUUAACUUUCCUCUCCCCGGACCUUCCGUCGAGGGCUCCUUGAGUGGCAAGGGAUACCAGUGCGAGAGCGAUGCGCCUUUCCUGGGCAGUGACUCGAGCAGCAACAGUCCCAAGGCCUCUUCGUCCGAUCAAGCUGUUGCCUCCACUGCUACAUCUUCAAGUGCCCAAUCCCCGGCCGCAUCUUCAACUGCCCAAUCUCCAGCCACAUCUCAAUCUAAGGCUACAUCUUCAAGUUCCCAAUCUCCGGCCACACGUUCGAGUUCCCAUCCUGUGGUCAAACCGUCAAGUUCGCAUCCUGUGGUGAAACCGUCAAGUUCGCAGUCUCCCGCGACACCUUCAGGCUCCCACUCCGUGGCUACGCCCUCGGCGAGACCCGCUCGACUCCACGCACCCCUUCGUGAAAGGCCCAAGCCUUCACAGUCCUCCAGUCCUGACUUCAUGUACAACGCUCAGCCCAAGUCUCAAUCCACCGCAGAGUCUGGUUACAUGCCUCAGUCUCCAUCCUCCCCCGAGUCAGGGUACAUGCCUGAGAGUCAAACUAGCCCUGAGUUCGCGUACAACCCGCAGUCUGCAUCCCAAUCUAUCCCACAGUCUGGGUAUACGCCUCCGUCUGCGUCCCAGUCCACCGGGAAUUCCGGGUAUAAGCCUGAGACUCAAUCUUCUCCGGAGUUUGGAUACAACGCUCAGUCCGCUUCGCAAAGCAUCCCACAGUCAGGAUAUCAGCCCGAGAUUCAGUCAAACCCGGAGUUUGAGUACAACCCUCAGUCUGCAUCCCAGGCUGCCCCACAGUCUGGCUACAGCCCUCAGUCCUCGUCUCAGGCCUCUCCGCAGUCAGGGUAUAAGCCUCAGCCCUCAUCUCAAUACAUCCCAGAGUCUGGGUAUAAGCCUGAGAGUCAAUCCUCCCCAGAGUUCGAGUACAACCCUCAGUCUGCAUCCCAGGCCACUCCACAGUCAGGGUAUAAGCCUCAGCCCUCGUCUCAAUCCCUCCCAGAGUCUGGGUAUAAGCCUGAGACUCAAUCUUCUCCGGAGUUUGGAUAUAACCCUCAGUCCACUUCGCAAAGCAUCCCACAGUCAGGGUAUCAGCCCGAGAUUCAGUCAAACCCAGAGUCUGGCUACAGCCCUCAGUCCUCGUCUCAGGCCACUCCACAGUCAGGGUUUAAGCCUCAGUCCUCGUCUCAUGCCACUCCGCAGACUGGGUAUCAGCCUGAGAGUCAAUCUAACCCUGAGUCUGGUUACAACCCGCAGUCUGCAUCCCAGGCUGCCCCACAGUCUGGCUACAGCUCUCAGUCGUCAUCUCAAGCCAGCCCGCAGUCAGGUUAUAAGCCUCAGUCCUCGUCUCAUGCCACCCCGCAGACUGGGUAUCAGCCUGAGAGUCAAUCUAACCCUGAGUCUGGUUACAACCCGCAGUCUGCAUCCCAAUCUAUCCCACAGUCUGGAUAUAUGCCUCAGUCUGCUGCCUCCCAAUCAACCCCAGAGUUUGGGUACAGCCCUCAAUCAUCCUCAUCCCAAGCCAGCCCGCAGACUGGGUAUCAGCCUGAGAGUCAGUUCAACCAAGACUCUGGGUACAGCCCUCAGUCCGCAUCUCAAGCGCCCCAGAGUCUGCGUACAAGCCUCAGUCUUCUCAGUCCACUCCGCAAUCUGGAUACAAGCCUCAGCCGGUGUCUCAAGCCGCCACAAACUCUGGAUAUAAGCCUCAGUCUGGUCAAUCCGCUCCGGAAGCUGGGUACAAGCCUCAGUCAUCUCAGUUGGCGUCUCAAGCCACCACAGACUCUAAGUACAACCCUCAGUCCGCAUCUCAAGCGGCCGCUGAGUCUGGAUAUAAGCCUCAGUCAUCCCAAUCUAGUCAAUCUGCCCCAGACUCUGGGUACAAGCCCGAGUCUGCUCAGUCUGGGUACAAGCCCCAGUCUUCUCAAGUGGCUGCUGAGCCUGGAUACAAGCCUCAGUCCUCCCAGUCUGGUCAAUCUGCCCCAGACUCUGGGUACAAGCCUGAGUCUGCUCAGUCUGGAUACAAGCCUCAGUCCUCCCAGUCUGGUCAAUCUGCCCCAGACUCUGGGUACAAGCCCCAGUCUUCUCAAGUGGCUGCUGAGCCUGGAUACAAGCCUCAGUCCUCCCAGUCUGGUCAGUCUGCCCCAGACUCUGGGUACAAGCCUGAGUCUGCUCAGUCCGCUGCUGAGUCUGGGUACAAGCCUCAGACUGAGUCUCAGCCCAAGCCCCAGUUUGGGUAUAAGCCUGAGACAGAGUCUGCAUCCAAACCUAAGCCCAAGGACAACCCCGAAGCAGAACACGCCCCUCAGCCCAAGCCUUCCUCCGAGGCUGCGCCCGCGCAAGAAUUCCCGGAGACUUGCGAACACGGCGAGAUCCUGUGCGGGACCAAUGGUCAGACAUGGGCGAAGUGCGACUGGGGCAAACCUGUUCAGAUGGGACCUGUUGCCGCCGGUACGCGCUGCAGCCACGGUGUUAUCGAGCGUACGUAGGGUUGUCGUCAGUCUUCCCCAUUCUUCGAUUUUUUGGUGUAUGCACAUACCAUCCUUAAUUCAAGUUUGUGUUCUCGUGGUUGCUAUACGUGAGGUUGUUUCGGUUUUUGAGUGUCGGUCUUGUUAUUCCUUGUGUACUUUCUGUCAAGGGCCUUUAAUUGAUUAAUUAUUAAUCUGCCCUGCGUUCUCUGCUCUAGGUAGAUGGAUGUAAUAUGAUCCUAAAAAUGUCAAAUUAUUUUCU